CCCUUUCCGCCCUUUCCCGGGCAGCAGGACGGCCUUCCUGCCCCGCCCGCCCGGGCCCCCGCAGCGCCGGGCAGGGGUGGAAUGGGCUCCAGCCCCGUCCCGCAGGCGCAGGCGGGCGGCUGCUCCCGGGCCUGCGGGGCGUCCGUCUGUCCGUCUGUCCGCCGGGGUUGAGGCGGCCAGAGGCCUUUCCACACCCGGCUCAGGAAACGCAGGGACCUCGGCGCCCUCUCCCCACCCACCCACGUGGGCGUGUCCGCCGCGGGGCCACAGAGGCGGGACGGGGCCCAGUGUUCGUCGCCGACCGGACGCCCAGCGGAGUCGGCGUCCCCACGGCCCCGGCCCCGGCCCUGCCCUCGGCGGACUGACCGGGCCCCCGCCCCGCGCUCCCGGCCCCUCCUCCCAGGGCGGUCCCGCCCCGGCCGCUGCUGACCCCGGCGAUGGCGGGGCUGGAGGGGGACGCGCCGGGCCCCCCGACGCCGCCGGCCCUGGGCGCGCUGCGGGGCUACCGAGCCUACGCGCGCCGGUGGGUGUUCCUGCUGGUGGUCAGUCUGCUCAGCUGCUCCAACGCCACGCUGUGGCUCAGCUUCGCGCCCGUGGCAGACACCAUCGCCCAACACUUCCUCCUGUCCACCGAGCAGGUCAACUGGCUCUCUCUGGUCUACCUGGUGGUGGCCAUCCCGUCCGGCCUGGUGGCCAUCUGGAUUCUGGACUCAGUGGGGCUCCGCUGGGCAACCAUCCUGUGUGCGUGGCUGAAUUUCGCCGGGAGCGUGCUCCGUACCCUGCCCUGCAUGUUGUUUUGGAUCCAGACCCCAUUUGCCCUCCUCAUGGGUGGCCAGAGCCUGUGUGCCCUGGCCCAGACCCUGGUCAUCUUCUCUCCGGCCAAGCUGGCUGCCUUGUGGUUUCCUGAGCACCAGCGGGCCACGGCCAACAUGGUCGGCACCAUGGCAAACCCCCUGGGCAUCCUCCUGGCCAACGUGUUGUCUCCUGCCCUGGUGAAGAAGGAGGAUGACAUCCCCAUAAUGCUGGGCAUCUACAUCAUCCCUGCCGGCCUCGCCUGCCUGCUGGCCACCGCCUGCCUCUGGGAGAGCGUGCCCCCGACCCCGCCCUCCGCGGGGGCUGCCCACUCCAACUCGGAGAAGUUCCUGGACGGGCUGAAGCUGCUCGUGAGGAACAAGGCCUACGUCGUCCUGGCCGUGUGCUUCGGGGGCGGCGUCGGCAUCUUCUCCAGCUUCUCGGCCCUCCUGGAGCAGGUCCUCUGCGCGAACGGCUACUCCAACGAGUUCGCAGGCCUCUGCGGGGCUCUCUUCAUCGUGUUUGGGAUCCUGGGGGCUCUGGCUCUCGGCCUGUAUGUGGACCGGACCAAGCGCUUCACGGAAGCCGUCAAGAUUGGCUUCUGUCUGACCUCUUUGGUCUGUGUGGCCUUUGCCCUGGUGUCCCAGCUGCGGGGACAGACUGUCGCGCUGGCCGCCGUCUGCUCCCUGCUCGGGCUCUUUGGCUUCUCGGUGGCGCCUGUCGCCAUGGAGCUAGCCGUGGAGUGCUCCUUCCCCGUGGGCGAGGGCGCGGCCGCGGGCCUGGUCUUCGUGGUGGGGCAGGCCGAGGGCGUGCUCAUCAUGGUGCUGCUGACCGCUCUGACUGUGCGCCGCUCGGACCCGUCCUUCUCCACCUGCCAAGGCGGCCAGGACCCCCUGGACUGGAAGGUGUCCAUGUUGACGAUGGCCGGCCUGUGCACCCUCCUGAGCUGCUGCCUGGUACUCCUCUUCCACACCCCCUACCGGCGCCUGCAGGCCGAGGCCCGCUCGAGCCCCUCCCUCCAGGACUUCGGGAGCCCGGCCGCGGACCAUGCACCUCUCCAGCAGGCCCUGCCCCCAGCCCUGUUGGGGCACCCCCAGGGCCCCAGCAAGGACGCUGCAGGGGCGGCUCAUUCCUAGAGCCUGCUUGGACAUGCAGGGACUGAGAGGCAGUCUGGGGAGUGAAGGAGCCGGGAGAGGCAGCUGGGGCAGCCACCGCUGAGCCCGGGCAGGUCCUACAGGGGCACGAGGACUGCAGUGGGCACAGUGCAGGGGCAGCGUAUGGGGACAUGGCUUAUGGGGAGCUGGACAGGUUGUGGGUCCUGAGGGCCCCAGAGGUCAGAGACUGGAGUGCACAGGGGUGGGGAGGGCCUUCCUUGAAGGAGCCUAUCCCAGAGCCUCUCUCAGCCUCCAUUACCGAGUGACCAGACACCCAGCCUCAUGUUGACUGGGGUGGCCUGGGUGUUGACGGGGGUGGUUGGGUGCCAACAGGGGUCUGGGUGCUGAUGGGUAGUGGUGGCCUGGGUGCUGACGGGUGGUCCAGGCUAUUCUGGGGGCAGAACAGAUGGAGGGUCCCACAGGCCGAUGCCACCCAGGCCCUCCGACCCCAGGUGGACACGUCCCCUCCCCACAGACACUUGCAGGCAGGUUGGUGGGUUCGGGUUUAUUGAACUGGCCCCACCCAGUGGGGGUGGGGUGGGGGCACCCCUCACUCCUCCUUCUCCUCCCCAUGGGUGAGCACAUAGCUCAGCGCCUUGUAGUCCAGGUUGCCUGCAGCGUCGAUCUUUGCAAAUUGCAACAUCUGGUCGACCUGCGGGCCGGGUGGUGGGUGUCAGGCCCUGCAGGAGGGCAGAGCAAGUGGGUCCCAAGGGGUGCAGCCCGAGGGUGACAGGCCCCCACCUCAACCUACUCUGGGCUUGUUUCUGUGCUUGUGGGGAUGAGGGGGGCUGGGGCUCAGCCUCUGGGUGUCCCACCCACACCAACCCUCCAGCCUCUCAGGGCCAGGGCCCGCCCCCAGCCAAGCCCUGGGGUCCCCCAGGCCGUGGGGGAGGAGGGGUGGGGCCCAGGGCCAGACCUCCUCCGUAGUCAUCUUGUCAGCCUGGGACAUGAGCAGCCUCCUGAUGCUGAGGACAAGGAGGGAGGCACCGGGUUAGGCUGCUCUGAAGAAAGAGUCAGCCCUGGCCCGUGUGGCUCACUGAUAGAGCGUCAGCCUACGGACGGAAGGGUCCCGGGUUCAAUUCCGGUCAAGGGCACAUGCUGGGGUUUCGAGCUUGAUCCCCGUGCAGGAGGCAGCCCAUC